AUGGCUGUCGCUGGACCAAACGCGCUGCCCGCCUCCCCUGCGGAGCCUGUCGCGCUUGCCCUAACAGUCGUCAAAGGAAUACGUCCUUUGCUGGAUCAGUCCAUCCUUUGCUGGAUUGAGCAUGCCCCGCCUUCGCCGCCGACUCACCGCGCCCGCCGUCGCCGCGUCCCAAAAAGUGAUUCGUGGUUUGCUGGCUUGGGAUCCACGCCCACCUUCAUCGCCCUGCCCGUUGCACUCGCGCUCGCCGUGACCGCCUUGAAAGCAAUCUAUCCCCUACUGGAGCAAGCUUGCCGUCUGCCUUCAUUGCUGAGCCCCGGAAGAUUAUCGUCCGCAGACUUAGCUAUCAGCGGCCAUGUCCUUGUACUUCUCAUUUAG